GACGGCAGGUAUCAAAGGAAAGGAUUCGCUAUGUGUCUGAAUAACAAGACUGACAAAGCGAGAGUGCUCUUAGAGAAUAGACAGAUUUUAAUAAGUGUGUUUACAGGAGCUCAAGGUCAGGACCAAGCUGCGCUGUGGUAAAUGUUUUUUUUUCAGUUGCAACACAGGGGAAAAUGGACGAUUAGAGAUUAUUCUUUGUAGGUUAUUAUAUCAAGGGUUGAGCUUUUGGCUCAUCAAAGCUAAAUGCCGCAAGACCUAUCUAGUUGCUGUGAAUUAUGCCGAAGACGACAAUGGAGUGCUUUUUUUUUUUUUUAAUGGUACAAUGCAUUUCACCUACCAGAUAGGGGGAGUCCAAGCUGAGAGAUGGGAUUGUCUUGUGAUGCUGGGUAAUCAGUAUCAAUGAACACGUUUAUCCUGUAAAGAGACCGAAUGAAAUUAAACACGGUGUACUCGGGAUCUGUUUGGUACAGUUAGAAGGGCAUUCUGGAGUGGGCAAUCGUAACAGGUCCGAGGCACACUUUUCCCCCUCAGCACAAGAAAAUGAUUAAGUCAAUCAUGUGGACAUGCUUCAUUAUUCAUUGAACACAAUCUUUUACAACGCUUCGUUUACACGCAGGAGUUUCUUCUACGCGCUGCUUUUACAUUUUAAGAAAACAACAAAAAAUCAGCACCACGCAUGGAAAACAAGUAUAUGGAGACCCAGGAUACCACACUAGCGCUUCUCGGACGGGGAAGUGGGACGCCCCUUUGGCCAUCCAUCAGUGCCAACCAAGCUCAGCUGUAGCCUCUGACUGGGUAUUUUCUAACCAGACUGACAGUCCUAACACAAGUAUGCAGUUAGUGUGUUAAGGAUGGAGGAAACUAGUUUGUGCCUUGGUGUGUCUUCAGCAGUGCCUGAAGCUGAAGCCCAUCUCAACAGCACUGUUCUUAACGGCCAGUAUCCGAUAAGCCAGAAGCUGCACCAAUUAACCGCUCAACUUGGUCAUGCCUUUCCAGAUCUUCACAACAGACAGAUCCCUGAAGAGAAAGCUGCUACCCCACUGGAUGAAAAAAGUCACCUGUCUUUUGCAAGUCAGCCAAUAAGCAGUCAGAUGGCUUUGCUUGCCAACCAUCUGAACAGAGACAUUGAUUCCAGUCUGGCUAUGAACGGGAGAGUAGACCUUCAACAGUUCCUGAACGGGCAGAACCUGGGCAUCAUGUCUCAAAUGAACGACAUUGAAGACGACGCCAGAAAGAACAGGAAGUACCCAUGCCCUCUCUGUGGAAAACGGUUUCGCUUCAACAGCAUCCUUUCACUACACAUGCGAACCCAUACUGGAGAGAAGCCUUUCAAAUGCCCAUACUGCGACCACCGGGCAGCUCAGAAGGGCAACCUGAAGAUCCACCUACGCACUCACAAGCUGGGCAACCUGGGCAAGGGCCGAGGCCGAGUCCGUGAGGAGAACCGACUCCUGCACGAGCUGGAAGAGAGGGCCAUCCUGAGGGACAAGCAAAUGAAGGGCAGCCUCCUGCAGCCCAGGCCUGACAUGAAACAACAGCAACAGCCUCCCCAGCAACACCAGCUGCAGCCAAUGCAGACUCAGCUGCAGCAGCAGCAGCAGAUACCCAUCGCCCCCUGCAGUUUGCCGACACUCACAAGCCACAGCACCCCGGAGAACACUUCUCUUCUGGCCCCCUCUCCCAAACCGGCCCAGGAAGAGCAGGCAGCCCCACCCACUGGCUUCCGCUGCACCUUCUGCAAAGGGAAGUUCAAGAAGCGUGAGGAGCUGGAUCGCCACAUCCGCAUUCUGCACAAGCCCUACAAGUGUACACUGUGUGACUUUGCUGCCUCCCAGGAGGAGGACCUCAUUAGCCAUGUGGAGAAGGCGCACAUCACUGCGGAGUCGGCCCAGGGCCAAGGCUCCAGCGGCAAUGGGGACAAACCUGCCAAUGAGUUCCGCUGUGAGGUGUGUAGCCAGGUCUUCAGUCAGGCCUGGUUCCUGAAGGGCCACAUGAGGAAGCACAAAGAUUCCUUCGAGCACUGCUGCCAGAUCUGUGGCAGGCGAUUUAAAGAACCCUGGUUCCUGAAGAACCACAUGAAAGUGCAUCUGAACAAACUGUCUAUUAAGAGCAAAUCCCCUACAGACUCCGAGGUGCCUGUAACUAUCAACAGCAUGGCACAGGAAACCCAUGCAAACUUGUACUCCCGUUACAUAUCAUGCUUGCAAAGUGGAUACCUGUCGCCUGACAAGACAGGCUUAGGUGAUCAAAACCAGAUGCUUAGCAAAGCAGCCAUCACUAUGAAGGAGAAAGAAAUGCUUGGAAAACUUCUGGCACCGGUUGGCGGAAUGGGCCACAGCCUGGGUGAAGGGGAGAAGAGGUCUUUGUUGGGUUGUUUGAACCUGGUGCCUCCCUUGAAGUCCAGCUGCAUGGAGCGCUUGCAGGCAGCCGCAAAAGUAGCAGAGAUAGACCCUAUAAACAAUUAUCAAACUUGGCAGAUUAUGGCGAGGGGAAUGGCCAUGGAUCAGGCUUUUCUGUCUAAAGAGCAUCAGCAAGUGACGUGCAGUCAGGAAGAGACUCUGGCCAAUGCAGGCAUACUCUUUGCUAAAGAAAAGCGAGACUACCUUCUUAUGGCUGCUGAUGGUUCCAAGCAAAAGCUGCACACUGAAGCUGUGCAAUGUGCCAAAAGCAGCGACCUGGUCUCAGGUAAAGAUGGCAAUUCAGAAAAUAGCAGAGAGUUCAUGCCCCGCAGCCUUGGGCAGAGCCUUGAAUACAGCAUACCUAGUAUGAAGGAAAAGUCCACAGAGUGCUCAGAUUGCGGAAGGGUGUUUAGAACUUACCACCAAGUGGUUGUCCACUCCCGAGUGCACAAGAGGGACCGGAAGCCCGGGGAGGAGGGGAUCCGAGUCUGCCUGGAUGAACGACGCGGCUCAGCAAGUGAUCCAGAGACUCAGUCCAUUAGCAGAUCCACAACUCCAGGUUCCUCUAACAUCACUGAAGAAAGUGGAGCUGGAGGAGGCCUUUCACAGACGGGGAGCGCACAGGAGGACAGCCCACACCCUUCCUCUCCUUCCUCUGAUGCCGGGGAAGAAGUGGGGAAGCCAAUGGGAGUCCAGCAGUCGUCUCUAGUGAGAGACAGAGGCCUGGGAUCAGCUAUGAAGGACUGUCCCUAUUGUGGAAAAUCCUUCCGAACAUCACACCACCUGAAGGUCCAUCUGAGGAUUCACACAGGUGAGAAACCGUACAAGUGCCCGCACUGUGACUAUGCCGGCACUCAGUCAGCCUCCCUCAAGUACCACCUGGAGCGCCAUCAUAGGGAGCGGCAGAAUGGUGGGGGGGCUCUCUCCGGACACCCCCAAGAACACAAGGAGGACCACGGAGCCGGAAAGAGCUCUGUGUUCAUCAGACCAGACAUCCUGAGAGGCGUCUUCAAAGGAGUGCCCAGUAUGGACUUCAGAGGCGGCCACAUGCUUCCUCACCACUGGGCAUCAGGGAUGCUUUCCUCGAGAGAACGGCACAUGCAGUGCAGUAGCAUGGCUUCUGACCCGCCGUCAGAAAAUCUCAAGGGUUCCGAGGCUUCGGGGGAAGGGGUGCCCAGUUUUUCCGACCUGGGGAGAGCUUACCAGAGCAUGGUGGGCAAUGGUGUCAACUUCCAAGGCUCCCUGCAGGCCUUCAUGGACAAUGUGGUUCUGAGCUCAUUGAAGAAAGACAAGGAAAUGAAAGAGAAGCCUUUUAGCGAAUGCCCAGAUAUGAAAGCCAAGACAACCGAACAAAGCGAGGAGAAAACAGUUGCCAAGCCUUCAGAAGGCAAACCCGAGAAAUCUCAGUACGAACCACUUGAUCUGUCCAUCAGGCCAGAUUCUGCCUCUCUGCCUGGCUCUUCUGUUACAAUCCAAGACAACAUUGCCUGGCACGGCUGCCUUUUCUGUUCAUUCACAACUUCAUCCAUGGAGCUGAUGGCUCUCCAUCUGCAGGCCAACCACCUGGGGAAAAACAAGCGCAAAGAAAGCAUCUUGGACAUUGCAGGAAUGAGCAAGGAUCACAUAGGAGAGUCUUAUUCAACAAACAAAGCUAGUUUAGCAAUCAAUGCUAUACAAUCUGGCAAAAAGGCCACAGUCUCCAAACAAGCCACCCAUGUAGAUAAGAUGAACCAGCAGCAGCAAGGUAAAGAAUCUUUGGGAGAACAGAAGACUUCAACCUGGCCAAACCACAUGGACACUAAUGUAAGCCUUCAAAACGAUUUCUUCAAGCAGUUUAGCUCUUACGCAACUUCUAGCAGAGCUGGAUCACAGGGGUCCAGUCAUGAAGCUGAGAAAAUGAUUCAAACCAGCGACAGCUCGAAUCUUAAGCCCACAAGCCUGACUAAUAGGUGUGCAAGUGACAAACUUUCUGAUAAAGUCUUUUGUGAUGAGAUGGAGACUUCAGAGGAGCAAGAUCAGUCUGAAGAUGAAGUCAGAGCUGCAGAUCACAGCAACAAUGAGUCAGCCAAUGAGAAACAGAACAGUGAUGAUGAAGAUGAAGCCAGAGCUGCAGAUCACAGCAACAAUGAGUCAGCCACUGAGAAACAGGACAGUGAUGGUGAAGACGAAGAUGAUGAUCAUGAUUAUGAUGAUGAUGAUGAUGAUGAUGAUGAUGAUGAAGAAGAUGAUGAUGAAAGCAGGGACCAGAUGCAAACCGAGUCUGCUGCAAAGGACUCACUGGGGCUUAUGUCCUCCAUGUCGCUUGAGAAACAGUGGCAGGGCAUGAAUCUUCUUUCAUCUCAAGGAGUUCCUCCAGGGGUGGUGAAACCAGAACAGGCCCAUCUUGAGCAGCAGAUGAACAUGCUGUCUGUCUUGAGGGCCUACAGCACUGAGAACCUUGCGGUAUUCAAUGGUCUUGGAAACAGCUCAAACACCACCGGUGGCAUCAAGAGACCAGACUUGCCUGCUCAAAGGCCAUUCCAGUGCAGAUACUGCCCGUACAGUGCCUCCCAGAAGGGGAACUUAAAAACCCACGUGCUGUGUGUGCAUCGCAUGCCUUUCGACAACAGCCAAUACCCCGACCGGCGGUUCAAGCGGUCCCGAGUGGACUCCGACACCUCGGGGAAUUCAGAAGACAUGAACGCCAUGACGCCGGGGAGCUCUGGAGAGAACACGCCAGAGGCAGGCCGUGUCCAGGAAUAACACCAUUCAACAAGUGUACAGAACCAACAAGGACCCCCCAAGGUUUUCACAUGUGCAUCCGGGAGGGUGGGGUGGGGUGGGGUGGAGGGUUAAGGGAGGAGACAUUUUAAAUUUCCAAUAAUCUUAAAUAAUACAACAUCACAUAAUAAGAAAAUAAAAUGAUAGGAUUUGAAAACAAAAAAGAAGUUUCUAGCCCUCCAAAAUGGCUUCCGCACAAAUAAACUUGUGAAAACAAAAGUUAUUAUAAAAAUAAAUAAAUAAAUAAAAAGUGGGAGGAGGUUACUUCAUGUUAUUUAAAAAAAAAAGGACAUUAAAUCUUUAAAGUGAUUUUUUGUCCAAAACUAAUGCUUUUACCAGAAAGACGAUACGUCCAAACGAUUUAGCGACGCCUUGAAGAUCGAGGGGCUGAAUUUUCAGCAUUGAAAACACCUUUAUAACAUGACACCAGCUGCUGUCAUUCGCUGAGCAUGGUAAUGAGAUGUGCUGGUAGACUGCCAUGGUGCCAGCCUGACUGGAGCUGUCAUAGCAGAAGAAAUCAAUUCAGGCGGUGUCGCAACUGCACUAUAGGAGAAACCCUAGCUGGCCCACAGGCAAGGGUCAGUACUGACCUGUAUUGAAGAGGAUUGGAAUAUUACAUUCACUUUCACAGCCAAUUGAAUAUUAAAAGAAAUUAUUUAUCUGCAGAGAUAUGUCAAGCAGGUCAUUCCUUUUUGGUGGUCAACGUGCAGUAUUGAGAGGGAAAGAGUUUCCUUUUAUUCGAUGAUGCUGAUGACAUACAAGAAGGCUUGUUCUGUUUUCUAAAGAAACAGUACUGCUUUGGUGUCCAUACACAUUGUAUAGUGCUGAAGCUAGCUUGCCUUGACUGUAGGGGGCACUAGUGAGAAACGUUUCUUUUGUAGCAAGAGUUUCGCUCCUUGUAUUUGAAUGAAGGAACCCCCCCCCAACCCCCCCCCCCCCCCCCGACAUGGUCCGUUUUCAGUUUGUCAGUUUUUGAUAAAGCCACAGUGCAGGACCACCUUCCUAAUUAAGCUCUUAUGAAGUAGCUGAAGUACAAAAGAAAACCUGCUCUUUGUCUCUAAUAUAGCAUAUUAGCUAAUUCUUCUUUGUUUUUGUAAAACAUAAAUUUGUUCUAUAUUUUUUACAAAUUUUAGCUUUUGUACAAUAUGGAUUUCCAACUUUAUGUUCAUCUUCAUAUAGGAAGCUUUUUGAGAGGAUAAGAACGUCUUUUUUUUCUCCAUGUAUUUUUUUUUAAAAUUAUUUUCUGAAAGGAAAAAUCGAAAAAAAGGGUCAGACCCUAUCAAACCAGCUUGAAAAAAGCAGUAAAAAGUAUAGAGCCUUUUAUUGUAUUUCUUUUUUUAAAGGCAAAAAAACCCCAAAAAACAACGUGGUGCUUUUUAUUGCUGCAGUAGAAAAGUAUUAAUGUCUUCUGAUAAAAGAAAUCAUCCAGACUUUAAAAAAGUCAAUAUCUUCCCAUGCAGGCUGGGAGAAUACACUAAAACCCCUGGGCCUUAAAACAUUUAAACUCUGCCUAAAGCAGUUUACAAUAUACUAAACUGCAAUCAAUGUAAAUACAAUUCUUAGCGCUACCCUGAGACAGGAAAAAGAAAAUCUCAGGCUAAGAAAAAAAGAAAAGGUUUGCACAUGCUGGUGAAGUAAAAGUAUAUCAUUCCAGUGAAGUUACAGUUUAAAUGAGGUUGCUUCGUAAUUAGGACCCAUCUGGCAUAAGCUGCUUUAUUGUUUUUUCUGGUAUUCUCACUGCCUUACUUAAAUCGAGUUGAUAAACUUAAUGCAACUGUUUCUACAUGCCCAAUCGAGGGAUUGCAAUGUUAUUAAAGUACUUUCUGAUUGUAGUAAGCUUUAGGGUUUGAACUGCACUACUGUGUUUGGUGACUGUCAGUCGCUUGCUUUUCGUGUGUGUGUGUGUGUGUGUGUGUGUGUGCGCCGCCUCAGUAUUUUAGGGAAAAAAAAAACAACCUAAAAAGUAAAAAACGAUUAAAAAAAAAAAAAAAAACACACAUUCCAUUUCUCGCACUUUUUCAGCUCUUUCAGUAUUCCUCUGUGUCUUUUGAGCAUUUGUCAGACAUGACAGGCAAUCAUUCUGUUUGUGACACUGGAAACAGUCCCUGUUCUUUGUGAAGUGUUCGUUGAUUCCAUAUGGUCCGAUGCUACUGUUCCUACCCUUUUUCCCCCAUAAUAUUUGUAACUCAUAAUGCAAACAAGUGACAGCCGCAGAGAUGCAUUGUCAGAUUCUGAAUAUCAUCAUGCUUCUCAAGUCUAAACAUGUCAACUUCUUUCUCUGUAACUUCUGUCGUCUGUGAUACUGGUCAUAAUACUCUCUACAUUCCUACAUGAAGAAUAUUUCUGUCUUGGAGGAGAUAUGAGAACCAUAGAGUAGAGGGUUUUGUUGCUAAGCUUCUAACAAGUAGAUUACUUUGUAUUUAAGGAUUAUUCUUGGUAAUUAUUUAUUAUUACACAUCUGUUGACAUAACUUUAUUCUGGUAUAGAGGUAUUCAAAGUUGUUUGUUUUUCAGCAAUGACUGUUUUCUUUCUGCUGUUACAAGUUAAAAUGUCUUUGAAGCAGUAAAGUUUUAUCCAAUGUUUUACGCAAUAAAACCUCUACCUCUGAA